AUGGUAAAUAUCGGAGACUCUGCCCGUCUCGGAUGGCAUAGCGACGAGCACCUAUCUAAGCAGGCCGACUCGCUACGUGCAGCAGCCGCCCAGAUUACAGCAGAGGCUAAGUGUGCUGCGCGUGCCGUUGCACCAUACGUGCCUCUGCAGCCGGGCGACAAAACCCCUCGAGACAUGAGGGAGGCUAGUAAUUACUACCUGACUCCACGGGCACAGCAUCUCUGUGUCGAAAACAAGAUGCUUUAUCUGAGCUUCCUUCGCGUUCUCAUAUUCGACGCUUUCCAUCUCGCGGAUGUUUUCUUAACGCAACCUGCCCUUCUCAUCGCCGGAGGCUGCGUCUUCCUGGCACACAGGGAUGUUGGAUAA